GCGAAAGUGACAUUUAAGCCAUGGCUCUAUAUAUUCUAUAUCCCGCCGUAGCUGCCGUAGCUCUCUUCGUUAUAGGCGUCAUCAUUGUCAUGCUACGCUAUGGGCCGCGUCUAUGCGGUCUGCGCCAUCAUGCUCUGCCCGACAAUCAUGACAUGCGGGAAAAGACCUACGAGCAUGAGAUUAGCUAUGCCUGAUCCGCCAUUUUCAUAUAUUUUUAUACACAACCACUUCAACUAACCAUAUUCAUAAGUUUCUAUAUUGUCCAUAACUAACUUUUCACAACAAAAU